AUGGAAAAUGUGAAAGCCUCUGGUGCAGGGCGCUUGAUCAUCACGAGUUCGAUGUCGGCUGGAUAUCACCAGGGCCUUACGGAUUUGCAACUGGAACAAGGCUACUCGGCUCAUCAUGCCUACAGCCUAAGCAAGCUCUGCGAUAUCAUGUCUCGGCCAAGGAUGCACCGUCGUUAUGGCUCCCCACCGGAGCUUUGCAUUCAUACGUUAGAUCCCGACCCCACAUCCUCGUGGAUCGACACCAAGAUGUUGCGCGCCGGUUGGUCCAGUGGCGGUCAUCCGGUGCAGCGCGCCACGGCGUCGUUGUCGAUGCUCACAGAGGAGAAGUAUGGCCAGAGCAGCGGCAUCUGCUGGGGUUGUGGAGGUGCUGGGCCAAAGUCGGGGAGGAUGAUGGUAAGAAUCAAUAAACAUACAUUAUUAACAUAUAAAAAUAUAUAA